GAGUAGCAGUAACGCGUUACGAAACAAAAACUUCAGGACAGGAAGAGGGAGGGAGAGAGCGAGCGAGGGAGGAGAGCGGCGAGGCUCCGUCCAUGGCUGCGCCGGCGGAGGAGGCGUCCACGGCGCCGAGGAGCCUCCCCGAGGAGGAGGAGGAGGAGGAGGCGAUGGCGGUGCUGGACUUCGACAUGCUGUGCGCGUCCGUGGCCAUGUCGGCGGAGAGGAGGAAGGGCGCCGGCAUGGGGGAGGCGGCGGCGGCGUGCGCGGGCUCGGGCGGCGGAGAGGGGGCCGCCGGCGGAGGAGGGGUGCAGAGGAUGUGGGAGGGGGACGUCGUGAUUGAUUGCUUGGAGGACCGGCGAAUCGCGCUCGAGGCCGCCUGUUGCCCAUGCUAUAGGUUUGGCAAGAACAUGCGGAGAGCCAAUCUCGGAUCUUGUUUCCUUCAGGCAAUGGCUUACUUCAUUUCAUUAGUUGCUGUUCUGGUCAGCUUAAUUGCCUUUUCUGUAACAAGGCAUCAUGUAUAUCUAUAUGUGGGACUUGGUUCUGUUCUCUUGAUAGCAAUCUACACCGGUUACUUCCGAAGAAGAAUCAGGAAACUGUUCAAUAUCCGGGGGACUGAUGGCAGUCUAGAUGACUGUGUUCUCCAUCUGAUAUGUCCUUGUUGUACCCUGUGCCAGGAGGCAAGAACUUUAGAGAUGAAUAAUGUCCAGUGUGGUGUCUGGCACGGGCGGGGUGAUACCAUUUGUUUAGGAAGCAAUGGUGAAGGAAACAAGGCCUUCGCUGCUCUACACAAAUCACCAUUUGUGCUUAUAAAAUCCCCUGAGUUGUGUGGCAUGGACAGAAUAUCAAUUGGGCCUGAUGAACAUCAGCCGCUCGUCCCAUCAGUGCAACCAGAGCAGGAGUAAGGAAUUAUUCUGUACCAUGGCACAAUUCGAACAGAACAGGUGGAUCUCUCGUGCGUGUUAUCGAAAGGGGAAAAAAGGGAAGAAUCAGUGGAUCCCUCUGCGAUGAAAUCAUCAGCCCUGUGAUUCUCUGCCUGUUUGUUGUAUCAAGUCUGAAGAACUGGUUUGGCAGCAACCCAUGUAUGUUGAUGGUGGGCGUAAUUGGCCUGUUGUUGUAAACACCACAGCAAUAAUGUUCAUCAUGCACCGGAUGUGCAUAUGUGUCAUGAUGCUCAGGGCUUAUGUCUGAAUCCAAGUGUAAAAUUCUGUUGAUGCAACGAUAGUUGGCGAGAUUGGGCAUGAAUGGAAUCAAAUGUUCUGCUUCUUUGAUGUUGUUUCUUGUAAAA